AUGUAUGGUUUCCAUUGUACAGUGACCGGAUAUCCAGCAGCGCGUAGGGAUUCCAAUUUGCGGCUAGAACAAGAACUAGCUUGGCUAUCUGCAAGUGCUUGUCGUGUUAUGGUGCAGCGAAAAGUGUUCUCCAUAGAAGGCAUGAUGUCUAUCCAUUCAGAUCUUGUAUUUCUCCGGGAGUUCCUAUCUGCAUGUGCGACAUCAACGGCAGGAUUCCUAGCCAGGUGGCUCCCUUCGGGACCAGUGGUCGAUCCAGCACGAUGCCAACUGACCAUUGUCCAGACUGAUAUGAUUGUCGGAAAGCCUGUCAAGGUGCGUCUCACCACGAAAGACCAAUUUGACCGUGAAGUGAUGUGCUCGUCAAUGUGUGUUGAAGUGUCGAUGACGGCUGGAGAUGCUUCCAUCUAUUCUUCUGCUCGAUUCGCCUCUGCUGCUCUACCCUCACUAGAAGUCAUCAAGAAGCGAUGCCUGGCCUAUGCUAAUUAUUCCUAUGAAGAAAUUCGACUGGGGUUCACAAAAGCGACUGUAGUACGGGAAAAGAUCAACCUGAAGCACAAGAAUAACUGCACGUUUGAAGGCGAGUGGACGCCAUCGGUGGCUGGCAGCUAUCGAGUCGCAUGUCGAGUGGACGGUUGUGAGCUAACUCAUAACUACCUCAUAGAGAUAUCUGAGCGUGAAGAGAAUGUGAAACGUCGUGAACACCGUGCAGCGCAGCUGAGCAGCGUGGAAGUAUUUCUUGUUCUGAAUGAAUCUUCUCUAAUGCGGCAUCACAUUUCGUUGUUUAAGGGCGGAAGUAUUGCGUACAUUGAAAAGAUCGAGAAUGAAGACGGUAAAUGGCUACGACUCACUGACGAGACAGCCGUCCUGUAUGGCCAUGGCAACGUCUCGGGACAGGUGUGGUGUCUUGCAUACCAUCAGCAUCUUCGCCGAGAACUGAUACCGAUUGCCAGUGAUAUGGUGGAUCGACUGCCAGUAAGACGUCAAGAAGACCCACCGACUCUGCAGGCUUCAUCUGCUCAGCAGAGUGUCAUCAUUGAUGCAAACGAAACAUACAUUUUGGAUGCGUCACAACGUAUCCAGUUGUACAGUCGGCCGUCUCCUGACGCACUCAUCGAGGGCGCAUGGAUUGAGGGACGUACGGAGUUGGAAGGAAGCGGAUGGGUUUCGAAUCAACACGGCGUUUGGGUUUCGAGUGGCGAAUACCAAUCAGUUCAUUCUAGCAGAGUGCUACUUCAAUGUCAUCAGCUCUCCGGCCGUCUGUCGUCGAAUGUUGUCGCGCUGUGUUUGCUGCUUUCUUAUGGCAUGAACAUCUUGGUAAAAGAUGCCAUGGCCGCUGCAGCAUACCUGAGGUUUCAUCAGCAUCUGCAAAAUGUGGGUAACGUUGUCUGGUUCGCACUUCCAACAUCUUGCAGAACAUUGUUGUGGCAUAAUAGUGAAUUUUACCAUUACGAUUGCGAAACACUGUUGAAACUGAAGAUCUACAUUGGAAUCGUAGCUCUUAACGAAAGAGAUCAGUACGGCUACAAUUCUCAGGAAAAUUCACUUCUGGUUGGUCUGGAGAUUGUGGGAGUGGAGGACGAGCGCGUCAACCUGGUAUCUUCUUUGCCCUGCAUGCCGUGCACAGUACCUACGGAAAAACACCAGCAGGACAUCGACAGGACACGAACUGUCGAUGGCCGUGAGUUUCGCUUAUCCACGAACGCUUUCGACUCGCGUCCAGAGAUUAUCAUGCGGCAGAAUGCGAUGUUCCUGUUGGAUUUGAAUUCAUCUCUGGAUUGUGACUCAAAGGUACUGCAAUCACCGUCAGCUGCGCUCAGGACGCUAAUUUCACAUCACACUCCGAGUACUGCUGAAAUGCUCAAAAGACCUGUACUGGCGUUCGUAGUCGAGCAUCAUGACCUAAAAAGGCUUCGAGCAGCCUGCGAGCAGUCGAUUAUUCGAGCGAUUGGAUUUUCGCAUGCGUUUCGCGUAUGGAAUUGGCUGCUGCGUCUAGUUUCGUCAGAAACCAGCGUGUCCGACAUCAUACUGCAGUAUCUCACGGCACUGUCGUCGUACAAUUCGUUGUCAGAAGUGGUGUCUUCUCAGGUGGAACUCCUGAUACUCACCUGUAACAUCCUCGGUACCGUCGGUGGUGUACUGUCUGAGCCAUCGGUUUCUGAGAAUUGGAUCACUGACUCGACAAACCAGUCGCAUAAUGCCCAACAAGGAAAUGACAACGUUGACGUCAAGGAGAUGCGUGAUAUUACAAGUCACGCCCGAAUAGAAGCCAGCUCACGGCAAGCGAUGGUUGUUUGUUUGACCGAUGGGAGUCCUGAGACAUUUUGGGAGAGCGGUGAUGAGGUUUGGCUCGCACAUUUUCUGCCUUCUUUCAUGUCUAUAUGCCAAAGUGUGACCAUAACAUUUAUUAGAUUCACUGCGUUACUACCAUAUUAUAAUUACAGUAGGGAACUCCUGAUACUCACCUGUAACAUCCUCGGUACCGUCGGUGGUGUACUGUCUGAGCCAUCGGUUUCUGAGAAUUGGAUCACUGACUCGACAAACCAGUCGCAUAAUGCCCAACAAGGAAAUGACAACGUUGACGUCAAGGACAAAAGCCGAUCUCGCACGUUAAACGUAACGUUCGAAAAUUGCUCGCCGAUACUUCUUUGCCUCUUCAUUGACAACUCACGCGAUGAGGCCCGUCGCCACUUUCCCAACUGCUCCUUUCGCCGCUGCGGACAUCGAUGGGUCGCGACGCGAUUUGAUGCUGAAGAAUCUGGAUCAGAACUUACUGUCGGUUGGAGCUUGAAAUGCUGCGUAGCCAAUGUGUCACAUGUGAAUGUGUCUUUGAAAGGACCUCAUAACGCGUCCAGAGUACGACAGUUGCAAUUGCUUGGAUUUUUGCCGGACACCCACGCAGACGUCAUACGACCGUCAGCAUCUCACCAACUCUUCUUCAACAACACUCAGCACGAUGCUUUCGCUUUGUUUCAGGCAAUUUCUGCUCAGGCUUUUUCGGGUGAUAGCUGCGAACAGCAAGACGCUCUACGUGAACGAGUUGUCGAUCUGCUUUUCAGCCGUGUCACACUGCAACCGCUUCAGAAUUAUGUCUGUACCCAAGUGGAGGCCGCAUUGGAAAGGGAAGUUGAACGGCUAUGCUGCCAGGGAAAACGGAACUACUCGUAUGCUGUUGGUCUGCUAGCAAUGGCAAAUCGGAUGUGCGAAACUCGCGCGAUCGGCAACGGCGAUUGCGACGUUGCCGCAAGACGUCAAGUGCUUCUUGCUGCGGGCCGUUUAUUGGCAUUCGCUCCGGAGGCUGUCCAAACGCAGUGCUUGUCGUCUUUGUGCAGUCUUCUGCCCACCGCUCAUCCAUCCACCGUUGACGUCUCUCGCCUGCUGAAACAUCUACUGGUGCCGGUAGCGAAGGCACUGGUUCUCCAAGUGAGAGAUAAAGCAGCGCAUACAGUCACUACGGCUACCAUGAACGUGAGUUGA